GGGGGAGGAGAUCGAGACCGGCAGGAGUUUCCUGCCAGGGGGGAUUUCGAGUGCUGGGAGGUGGGAGUGCGGGAGCGCCCCCCUCCUUUGCACCUGUUGAGGGAGCCUCCAUGUACAAGUGCAGUCUAUCUCGGACGGCAGCUGCUGCUGAGAUCGGGAAAGGAAGAUCUCGAUUGGGGGCGCGGAGAUCUCAGACCUGAUUUGGGAGGGGGAUAGAGCACCACUGGCCCCCACCCCCUCCCUCUGAGAUGCCUCAGUUGCUGCCAAUCUCCCUGGCCCCUUGCUUUGUGAGAUUCAGGGGGUAGUUGGGGGGCCUGCUUAGGAUUUGGUGUUGGGACGUCCCAGAAGAGAUGCCAGGGAGCAAGGGGCUGAGCAGUCCCACUCAGGACAGCGGGGGGCAGUCGCCCACCCCUCCAGACACAGCCCUGGCUGCCCACACCUUGUGGGCUGACCUCCGGGCACUCCUGCCCAGCACCAGAGAGGGCUUGCUGCUGGACUUCGGCGAGGCCGUGGAGAGCAGCGUCCUCCUCUUGCUUCAGCAGGCAGCAGACCUCCUUUACGAGGAGGGCACGGACUCCGCCACCUGCCUGGGCCUGGCCGAGAUCAUCCUGGACUACUCUUGGGAGAAGCUGAACAUCGGGACGUGGAGAGACGUGGACAAGGCGUGGCGCCGCGUCUACGCUUACGGCUGCCUCUUCAAGGUGCUCUGUGUGUGCCGUGCUGGCGGGGCUGUGCCCGAGGCCGUGCGCACCUGCGACCUGGGGCUGCUGAUGGGGGCCUCCAUCCUGGACAACGUCUUGGCCAAGGUGAUCGGCGUCCUUCGGCCACAUCUGCCCAAAAGACCUGCGGCUGGAGAUGCCAAGGAGCCCCUCCCAAAGAGAACUCGGACAGGCCCUGCAGAGGUCCCUGCUAUAAAAACACCAGAGAGGGUUUUGCGGCUUCACUGCCCGUCGCUGGAACACUUCCGAGAUAAUUUCCUGCUUCCUCAGAAGCCUGUGAUCUUGGAAGAGGUUGUCGACCACUGGCCCUGCAUGAAGAAGUGGAGCAUAGAAUACAUCCACCAAGUGGCCGGCAGCCGCACCGUCCCCGUGGAAGUUGGCUCCCGCUACACAGACGAGGAGUGGUCCCAGACCCUCAUGUCCGUCGAUGACUUCAUCAGCCACUACAUCGAGAAUCAGGAUCACACCGGAUAUCUCGCCCAGCACCAACUCUUUGAGCAGAUCCCGGAGCUGAAGCAGGAUAUCGGCAUCCCCGACUACUGCUGUCUGGGCAAAGGCGAGGAAGACGACAUCACCGUCAACGCCUGGUUUGGGCCGGCAGGAACCGUUUCGCCCCUCCACCAGGACCCGCAGCAGAAUUUCUUGGUCCAGGUCAUGGGUCGGAAGUACGUGCGCCUCUAUUCUCCCGCUGAGACAGAAAAGCUGUACCCCCACGAGGGCCACCUUCUCCACAACACUAGCCAGGUGGACGUGGAAGAGCCCGACUUGGUGCGGUUCCCUCGGUUUGAGACGGCUGCGUUUCAGGCCUGCAUCCUAAACCCGGGCCAGGUUCUCUUUAUCCCGGUUCAAUACUGGCACUACGUGAGGGCCCUGGACACCAGCUUCUCCAUCAGCUUCUGGUGGUCGUAGCCCCCCCCCGCUCCGCCCCGGAUGGUGGGACUCAGCCUCCUAGACCCCUCCGGGGGAGAGGAAGGAAGGAAGGCAAGUAAGAAAUGGGGCAGGAAGACAAAUUCCUUCGUCCCCUGUGGAAGGAGUGUCUGUCGGCAAGUGCUGAGCUCCAGCUCGUGACGCAGAGGCCCUCGCGCAGUGAAGGAACGAGGGACAGCACAGUUUGGAGGAAAAUACUGCAGAACUUUUAAUUCCAGAAACAACACUGAGGGCAGAAGCCCAAGGGGGACUGCAGCUCCGCUGACCCGGCCCAAAGCGGCUCCUUCCUGCUCUGUGAAGACUGGGGAGGAGGGAGAGCAUUCUUUGCCCGGCGUCCUGACUGUCACCUGGGUCCUGCAGGAACUCUUCUACCUAGAGGUGCUGGUGGACGGCAGAGUAGCCGGUUGGCUGAGCUCUGGAAAAGAGGGGGGAAAGGCAAGGCUGGCUGAAGGGUGGAGAACAGCUCCUCCCUCGCUGUACCCCAACGGCCACGCAAAACAGCACCCUGAAGCGAGGGCGGCUCAGGAGCUCUGCCAGGGCCCUCGCGGCUGAAUUAUCAUGUCCGUGCAAGGCUGGAUUUCUCCCAGGUAACGCUCUCUGCCUGGCAUGAGGCACCGGGCGCCUUCUCUCCUGGGAGGCUGCCUCAAUAAAAACUCUGCUGUUUUAUGGA